UAUAUAUCAGAAAAUAUUAAUCUGCAAUCGCUGGGAGAUAUGGACAGUAUUAAAAUACUAAAAGAAACUAAGGAAAUAGGAAAAUUCUUAUUUAACAACUCCUAUUUAUCAGAUAUUGUUUUUCAGAUUGACAGCGAGAUAUUCUAUGGCCAUAGACUCAUAUUAGCUAUUAAAAAUGAAGUCUUUCAAAAACUAUUUUAUGGUAGCAUACCUUUCGAAGAAAAAUGUUUAGAUAUUUUGGACCUAAGCCCCAAAACCUUUUCCAAAAUAUUAAACUUUAUAUAUACGGAUGAUGUAUCGAUUGAAAAUGUUGAGGCCGAUAUUUUGCUGGAACUUCUGUACGCCUCCAAAAAGUAUAUGAUGAAAGAGUUAAUUAGCAAAUGCGUUGGAAAAAUUAAUUCAAAAUAUGAAGUUAAUAUUGAACCCAAUUUUCCUUUGGUGCUAUAUUUGUCCAGUCACUUGCACCCAGAGAUUGAUAAGGGUAACUGUCACGAGGGCAUGCAACUUAAUACCAGACACGUGUUCGCGUCAGAGAUGUUCAUGAACGCUUGUUUUGAACACAUUUACGAUUUUAUAUCUUACCUCAACACCCAAAAUUUGGAGCCGAAGGCAUUGAUUUUUGAGUUUCUUUUACAGUGGGGAAACCGCGAAUGCGAGAAAGAAAAAAUUUCAAAAAAUUACGAAAACGUAUUAAAAAUAUUGAAAAAUAAGAAAUUCGAGCCGUUAUCAUACAUCGAACAUUUUAGCGUAACGGAUAUCAUCGAAAUUAGAAGGCGAAAAAUAUUGGACGAAUCACGAAUCAACGAUUUGCUUUUAAAAAUAUUUGGGAUGCGAAAUUUGGGUAAUGUUUCGACUACCCUUCCAUAUAAAAGAUUCCUCACCAUAACCACUUUACCUAAUUCAAAGUUUUUAGUACAACCUUCUUUAUUUUGUCGGCAACUAUACAUCUUUGGGAUCAAAUUGUCAAAUAGUAUUAUCGCAGCAAAUAGAGUAGCCACUAUAACGCUAAUUGAUAAUGAAACCCUGAUUUUUAAACUUACCGUUAAUGCGGGCAAUCAAGUUUUACUACCAGAUAUCGCCUUUUACCCAUCAUAUAUAUGCAAGAUUGACAUAAAUGAUGAUUCGCAUGUUGAACUUCAAUGGUCCGCGAAUGAUAUCGAAGUUAAAAAUUCGGCAAAUUCGCGAAUCGAAAUAAUAUAUUACAAAUAAAAGAACAAUAUUAGUCGAAUUUAGGUUAUUUGUCGUUGUUAUAAUAAUUCGCACGAAAUAAAUUGACUUAAAUAUCAGUAAUAAAAACUUUUAAGAAUCUUUAUCUUGAGGGUGAAUAGUUAGAUAGAACCUUUCCUCAAAAACCCCGAAUUCUUCUCUUAUCGUCAGCUGUGUAUUAUAGUAUUCGAUACCCAUUUUUAAAUAGAAUUUGCAGAGGAGAAUUUAAUAAAUGCGCUAAUGCAAAUAAUAAAGGAUUAUUCGAAAUUAUUAGGUUUAACCAUUUUAAAUUUGUUUGAUGUGGAAAAAUAUAGCGUACGAAAGAAUUGAUUUAUCGAAAUGAAUUUUGGGGAAGGGCAGUGGGAGAAGAGAUUAUUGAAAUUAGGUUAAAUUAAUGGGGCAAAACUAAUAUUGUAAUUUAAGUUAAAUUUGAUUUUUUACUCAAAUCCAAUGACAUAUAAUAAACCUAGACUGGCGAUUCAUUCAUUAAAAGUGUACAUCAAUGCAAAUCAGCUGGGGACGCCAUCUUUGUGUUACACUAAACAUUAUUAAAAUUUUAAACGAUAGCCUAAUUUAUUCCUAUA